CUAAAUGGGCCAGGUAUGUGAUGAUUACUAAACUCUGGAUUUCACUCUGCAGCAUUUACCCUUUCUCAACAGCUUUCCUCAGAUAGAUACUGAGAUGAAUGAGAUACGGCUGUGAUUAGAACAAGUACACGCCCCUUCUUGAGCAAAACUGGAAUCAUGGUGACCAGUACAAGGCGAUGCAUCCCUGGUGGCACCUUGGGCCAAGUCCCAGAAGCCAGUUCUCGUCCAGGAAGGAGUGGGACGGACAUUUGCACGUAUGACCUCACGCAGGAGCUCUGGCCUGGAGCAUAUAAACGGGUCAGUCAAAGGUCACGCCCAGUUCCAGGCCCAGCAGUUUCCGCGGAGAUCAAGACCAUGGCAGCACGCAAGUCCACGCUCUUCCCGCUGGGCCUUGGGCUGUGUCUCGGAGUGCUGUUCGCCUCUGCCAGCUCUGCAGAGAGGAAUGACACCUGCCACUUCACUGAGGUCUUCACCCCUGGCCCUGGCAUCAAGGCCAAUUUGGAUGUCUACAAAAACAACACAGUCUACACAGUAUCAGUUCCUGUGAACAGCAGCAUCAGCUCUGUGGUUCUGCGGGCACUGGACACGAACCACCACCCCGUAGGCCACUGGCAGAAGGCGGAUGAGCACUGCAACAGCAGCGCCCUGUACCACAUGAAGGACUCCCACCGGGUGCUCUUCCAGGCGGACUGGGUGUCUCCGAACUCCACCAACGUGACAACGGUUGAACUACAAGCCUUCGUGGUCAGUCUCAACAACACAGCUACACUUUCGUCUCUGAAGCUGACAAGUAUAGUGACAACCACAACCUUGACCUCCACACGGCCCACGACCCUGACCUCCACAAGGCCCACGACAUUGACCUCCAAGCGGUCCACGACCUUGACCUCCACAAAGCACACAUUGACCUCCACACGGCCCACGACCUUGACCUCCACAAAGCACACAACAUUGACCUCCACGCGGCCCACGACCUUGACCUCCACAAGGCCCACGACCUUGACCUCCACAAGGCCCACGACCUUGACCUCCACAACCCCCAAGAACAAGCCAUCCACACACCCCACCCCACCCACAACCAGAAGCUUGGCCAAUAGCAUCUUCCUUGGCCCCAUGAGAGGUGCCACUCAGCUCCUGCUCGUCUUUCUCACCAGCAAACUCCUCUUCUAGGAGGGAAGCACACGCUCCUGCCUCACUGCAUCUGCCUACGUUGUUCCGAUCCAGCACUCCGACAGGUGUGACUGAAGGCACGACCCUGCCGACACUGAUGAGGGUCCCCCGGCGAGGGCAUCUGGUCUGUGGCAUGGGCACGCAGAUGUUCAUCCAGAUCUCUCAGGACACAAACUAGGUUCUUGGUAACUGAGACUCGGUCUGGGUGGAACCUGAAAUUCUGGCUCUCGGUUUCACAUGUCGACAAGCCAAUCUAAACUUCCGCUUAUGGCCAAAUGAUUCCUCUGCACCUCUGGGUCUCUGUAGGAAGAGUCUUUCUCUACUUUCAAGAUGAUCUCAAGACCUCUCUCUGACCAGACCCACACAGGUUACACAGAGCUUCUGUGACUCCUGUGACUCAGCCAGGAAAAAAGGAAGUGCUCGGAUGCUACUGGUCACACCAGCAGCGUUUGAAGGGCAAACAGGAAGGAACCGCAUCUGAGCAGCCAGGGGCAGGGAUGUGCUACAGAACACAAGCAUUAUUCUCUGUCACACCAAAUAAACUAUGCUUCAAACAAGAAUAAUGAACCUGUUAGAUUCAAAUGCCUUUAACGUGAUUAAUUUACAAUACAGAGAACGUUAUCUUAUUCACUUAUGUGAGCAUUAAAAAAUAGAAUGAAAGUGUGUAUGUUUUUAAAGCCAGGUCUAAGGGUAAAAUUUUCUCAAAUAUUCUCAAACACUGGUCAUGUUUCCCCAAACGGUCACUUCCACUAAGAGAAAUGGGCAAAAUACCAGUUAACAUCCAUAACAGCGUAAAACCAGGAGGCACAGUAUUUCCUGUAACAAACUCCUUCAGUAACUACACUAAAUUCAAGGGUGCCUGAGAUCAGUGACUGGUCUUCCUUUUCCCUGUGAAUACACCAUACUUUCCUAUUUUGUAGGUCUUGCAUCUUUGCUGAAAUCAGACAGUUUGAAAAUCACAAUCUGGUGACUAAACCUCAAAUUGUCCCUUCUCUGCGGGGCAAACUGUUGCUCCUUAUGGAGGCCUGCAGUCACCUGUUCGCGUAGUGAUUCUCCUCAACCAUUUUUGCGAAGACUGCCUUCCUUGUUGAGGGUAGUAGUCCCUGACAUCUCUCUGCCAUUAUCUCAGCAGCCAGCCAAUGACCUGCAGAUCUCCUUAAUGUCAGAGUGUAGCAGCCUUCCCUCAUUAAGCAUUCUCCUCCAAACUCCAACAUUUUUUUUAUUAGAUUCUAAAGUCCUGAAAAAUGCUGUGUGUUUGCCAGCUUAAUGGUUGCUUCAGUGGAAGGACCAGUUAUCGGGGCUCCUUAUUCUGCCAUUUCUGUGACACCUGGUAGCCAGUCCAGGACCUCCCAGGCACUAUGCUCAGCCCUUUACACCCAUGGCCCCACUUAGUCUUCACAACAAACCCUACAAGCUACAGCCAGUUUACAGAUGAGGACACUCAGGAAAAUAACCUGCCCAGUCACCCUGUAAGUCCUAAAACUGGGCUUUGAUGAGGGUUUAAACCACUUCAGAGGCCACACCAUUAACCUGGACACCCAAAGGGCUCCCUGAGCAGCUCCCACAUCCCUUGGGACCACCCAGAACAACUGGCUCCCAUGGGUCACAUGACAAGAACAGGAUAUGGGAUUCCUCACUUAUCCCUCACCAGCAGCCCCAAUUCUCUGCUGCGUCUC